CUAGGACUUCAACGCUGUCUUUCAACGUUUUAUCGGUUUCUUUCCGGGUGGUCAAGUUCUGGAGAAAUCCACGUGGGAACGUCAACGCUGUAGAAUCAUUUAGAAAUUUUGUGCCCAAGGAAGCGAAGAACAUCUGUUCGCGGAGGGCUUGCGGACAAAGCAGAAAGCAUUCCAGUAAUUCAGGUGCCAGGGUCGUUUACGUCUCGAUAUUAAAAUGGGUGAAGCUGAAGUUAACCCAAAAGCCUUCCCAUUGGCUGAUGCAACACUUACUCAGAAAUUGCUGAACUUGGUUCAGCAGGCUACCAAUUACCAGCAGCUGAAGAAGGGGGCUAAUGAAGCCACCAAGGCACUGAACCGUGGGUUGGCCGAGAUGAUAAUUAUGGCAGCUGAUACAGAACCUUUGGAAAUUCUUCUUCACCUGCCCUUGCUCUGUGAAGAUAAGAAUGUGCCAUAUGUAUUUGUGAGGUCCAAAACUGCGCUUGGUCGUGCUUGUGGUGUCUCUCGGCCAGUGAUGGCCUGUGCUGUCAUGGCAAACGAAGGAUCUCAACUUAAACCACAAAUCACGUUGAUGCAUCAGGAAAUUGAAAAGUUGCUUGUUUAGAUUUGUUGUUUUGAAGUCUUAAGCGACUUUUUCUUUCAUUUGUGAAGCAAAAUAUAUUUUUAGUUAAUUCUUGCAAAUAAAAAUAACAAAUAA